AUGGCGAGCUCAAACAACCCCCCGCAGGGCAAUGACGCGCUUCGCGACAGUGCCCCACCAACACAGCAACAUACGCAAACACACAUCCCGCCACCCUCAAGUUCGCAUCAUAGCUCCGGCAUUAAUGACGCUCCCUUCCACGAUGCACCGAGCCUCGAGAACCCACCACCCGCAUACACCGAGUUGCCAGGACAGGUUGAGAACGAGGAGCUGGGCACAAAUGCCGUGGUUGCUGAUGAUGGGCGUGUCAAUAUCCGAAUAGAUCAAAAGAGCCGCGCCCUUUCGCAGCUCAUCCUUCCACAGAUCCAGCGUCAGCUCACGCAUGCACAAGAAGACCCCGAGCCGCCUCCACCUUACGUCCCAGAGUUCCUCGGUGGUGCGCCAGGCCAAAGCCCUCCACCUCCACUGAACGUAGUCAUACAAGUAGUGGGUUCUCGUGGUGAUGUCCAGCCAUUCGUUGCACUGGGCAAGGUGCUCAAAGACACAUACGGCCAUAGGGUUCGGUUAGCGACACAUCCGACCUUCAAGGACUUCGUCAUAGAAAAUGGACUGGAGUUCUUCAGCAUUGGCGGGGAUCCCGCUGAGCUCAUGGCCUUCAUGGUCAAGAAUCCAGGGUUGAUGCCUGGUUUCGACACAUUGCGCAGUGGUGACAUUGGCAAGAGGAGGAAGGGUAUCGCCGAGAUUCUGAGUGGCACAUGGAGAUCCUGCAUAGAGACAGGUAAUGGUCUCGGUGUAGAUCCCCUCCAGCAGACCGUCGAAGAGUGGAUGGGCAUCGAGGACCAACUACCAGAACAACUGCGCAAGCCAUUCGUUGCUGACGCCAUAAUCGCAAACCCUCCCAGCUUCGGACACAUACAUUGUGCCGAAAAACUAGGCAUACCUCUGCACGUGAUGUUUACCAUGCCAUGGUCGCCUACCCAACAAUUCCCGCACCCGCUUGCCAACAUCCAAUCUACGAACGCAGACCCGACGAUUACAAACUACAUGUCAUAUAUCAUGGUCGAUGUGUUGACAUGGCAAGGUCUCGGAGAUGUCAUCAACAGGUUUCGCAAGGAUAGCCUUCGUCUGGACCCUAUCAGCGGUGUUUGGGCGCCAGCUAUGCUCGCGCGAUUGAAGAUUCCUUUUACGUAUUGCUGGUCUCCAGCGCUCAUCCCUAAACCUAAGGAUUGGAACCACCACAUCUCUGUCGCAGGCUUCUACUUCCUCAACCUCGCUUCAAAUUAUACACCAGAUCCAGACCUUGCAGCCUUUCUCGAUGCUGGUGAGCCACCCGUAUACAUCGGUUUUGGUUCAAUCGUGGUGGACGACCCAAAUGCCAUGACUAAGAUGAUCUUCGACGCCGUGAAAAUCACCGGCAAGCGCGCGUUGGUAUCCAAAGGCUGGGGUGGGCUAGGAGCUGAAGAUCUUGGGAAGCCUGAUGGCGUCUUUAUGCUUGGCAACUGCCCACAUGACUGGUUGUUCAAGCGCGUUUCUGCCGUUGUUCAUCAUGGUGGUGCCGGUACUACGGCAGCUGGUAUCGCAACUGGAAAGCCUACAGUUGUUGUGCCAUUCUUUGGAGACCAAGCCUUUUGGGGGGCCAUGGUCUCAAGGGCAGGCGCCGGGCCUGAUCCCAUCCCAUACAAAGAUCUCACAGCAGAGAAGCUUGCUGGAGCUAUCAACGAAGCGCUAAAGCCGGAGUCGCUCGAUCGGGCGCAAGAGCUUUGCGACAAAAUCAAGCAAGAGGACGGAACCCAGAAGGGCGCUCAGUCCUUCCAUCAGAUGCUGAAUUACGAAGAAAUGCGAUGUGCUAUCAUGCCAAACAAACCGGCUGUCUGGAGGCUCAAGCGUACCAACGUCAAGUUGAGUGCCAAGGCAGCUACUGUACUGGCCCAACAAGGCGAAGUGAACUUCUCUGAGAUGAAACUAUACCGCCCUCGCGAGUAUGUUCCGGAUGAAGGUCCUUGGGAUCCAGUCUCUGGUGCAGCUGGUGCUCUGAUGGGAACUGCAACCUCGGUGAUGAUGGGUGUUGCUGAUAUGCCGAUUCAGACCCUCAAGUUACUCAACAUUCACCCUGACGCCAGAUCCAAGAAAGGCAAAGAGAAGGCAACAGGUACAGGAACCUCUUCGAUAGGGGAAGGAAGUAGCAGUGGACGUCCGAAGACAACACGAAGUGGAACUGGUGCCUCCGAGCGCUCGGGCAGAAGCGGAGCCUCUACGCCAACCGCUGCCGAUGCUGCUGCUGAUAUAGCCAGGAUACAAGCCGACAACCCAGCAAUCACUAGCCCUGGUUCUCCUGGUACGCCUUCACACAGAUCUACAUUCAUGUCUCAAGCAUUUGCUGAAUCUACACAAGACUCAAGGUCACGGUCUAGGGAGCGAAGUCGCUCCAGAUCCGCGACUGGCUCAACAGCGACCCCAAAUGCAGCGCCAAAACCAAGUAUGGCAGAAAAUGUUGAUUCUGCGGUAGACACUGGAAAAGGUCUAGCUAGGAUCAUUGGUGCUGGCUUCAAGUCACCGAUGGACUUCUCUCUCAACGUUGCCAAGGGAUUUCACAAUGUACCAAAGCUCUACGGAGCUGAAGUACGACAGGUGGAUAAAGUUACCGACUUCCAGAGCGGGAUGCGGACAGCUGCCAAAGAAUUCGGCUACGGCCUAUAUGAUGGUAUCACCGGUAUUGUGACAGACCCCUACAAAGGCGCCAAGAAGGAAGGUGGCAUCGGCUUUGUCAAAGGAGUUGGGCGCGGUAUCAUGAGCGUUCCAUUCCGUGUGAUGGGCGGCGCUUGGUCCGUCCCUGGCUAUGCCAUGAAGGGACUCUACCAGGAAAUGGUCAAGAGCAAGGGAAAGAGUGUGCAGAACUACAUCAUCGCAGCGCGCAUUGCACAGGGAUACGAUGAAGCAUCCGAGGUGACGCAAGAAGAACGCGAUGAGAUUGUCAAGACGUGGGGUCACAUGAAGUGGGGCAUUAAGAAGAAGCGGAACGUUGGAGCUGAGCAUAUGGAUUCGCUCCAUUCGCUAGUCCAACAGAAGCGAGAUAAGAAGAACGAGCGCUGCGCUAGGCUCAGUUCCCAAAGUAGUGGUCCUGGAGUUCAGCAAUCGGCGCACGCGAACUCCAUUCUGCAAGGCAGCAUAGCAGGACCGUAUCCUGAUCCUCCAAGGAGACGUGGUGUCGAGCCCGAAAUCCGGUCGACAGUUCCCAGUUGGCGCCAACAAGAAGCCGAACGGACACGUGCCUUGAGGCGACAAGACACGAACACCUCGAGUUCUCCAUCGGUCGCCCCAUCUCAACAAUCGCAGACUGAGCUUGAGGCACAGCUCAGGGCAGAAGAGGAAGAAGAUCAGCGUGAACUAGAGCGAGCCAUUGCAGCCUCAGUCGCUGAAUCUUCGCGCGGCGACCCUGAGGAAGACCGGCUUGUCGCCUCUGCCAUACGCGCAUCGAUAGCCGAACUCGAGCGCGCUCCCGCUGGUAGUAACCUCUCCCAGCAAGACGAAGAGGAAGCACUGCGCCGCGCCAUGACUGCCAGCAUGGAAGAAGCAGGCAAAACCAACGUGACUGAAGAGGAGCAAAAGGCGCUCGAAGAAACCUUGAGGAAGAGUUUACUUGAGACGACCAAGAGAAGACAGGCUGACAGCGAUAACGAAUGGGAUUCUGAUGCCGACACCGAGGAUGAUGAGGACUACAAGCGCAUCAUCGCUGAAUCUAAACAACUCGCUCAAAUGCAUGCGGAGCACCCUGACGAGUACGCCAACUCGUCUCAGGGCGCACAGCAGGAAAGCGGUGUCAUGGAUGCCAUGAGCCAAGCCAUCGGUGCUGCGGAUGCUGAUGACAGGAGUCAUAGGAUAGAGAUGCGUGAUAUUGAUGACAACGAGGUAUAUGACGACGACGACGACGACGAUGCGGAGCUGAAGAAGGUGCUAGAGGAGAGUGAGAAGGCAGAGAAUGAGCGCAUGCAGAAGUUGGAGAAACAGAAGACCGAGGAGGAUAUCGUCAUGGAGUAUGUUAGGAAGCAGAGUUUGCUUGAGGAAGAACAUAGGCAGAGGGUGGCUAGUGGGAGGGAUACAAGUGGAGAGGGGAAUGGCGCUGGUGCUGGGAGGUAG